CACUCAAUAGUUAAAAGGAAAAGAGAAAAAAAAUCUGGCCUAAGCGCUUCUCCCUCGUCAAAAUCCCACAGAGAACAACCUCCCAAAGAGGGAGAGAAAAAGCUUUUGUUCUGCUCUAAAAUCACUUCACAGUUCACAAUCUUCCAUUCCCAGAGUUACCCAGAUUUUAGUUGAAGAAAGAAAAGAAGCUGAGGUCGUUAUGAGAGUAAAAUAACAAAGGCUUGCAGGGACAGUGAAGUAGAAAGGGAGACAAUCUUUACUGUGUUAUAGCAUGCCAGAGUUACGAGACGCAUUGCAUUGAAGGAAUUUCUUCCAUUUUCUUUUUGUCUUUCCCUUGUGAGGAUCGAUUCUAAUAAUAAUAAAAAAGGCAAUGAAAAGUUUUGGGGUUCAUCUGUUCUUCCUGAUCUUUCUUGCUGCAAUUGCAUCUGCGAGUGUGACUGUGCAAGCAUUCACCGGAACCUAUGGCAUUAACUAUGGAAGAAUUGCAAAUAACAUACUUUCACCCGAUGAAGUUGUCACACUUCUUAAGUCUGCAAAAAUAAAGAAUGUUCGCAUUUAUGAUUUCGAUCUCAAUGUCAUCAAAGCAUUUAGUGGGACGGGGCUGGAACUUGUGGUUGGACUCCCAAACGAAAAUCUGAGAGACGUGAGUGCCAAUGCUGAACAUGCUAUGAAUUGGGUCAAGGACAACGUGCAGGCAUAUCUUCCUGAUACGCAGAUUCGUGGGAUCGCUAUAGGGAAUGAAAUCUUAGGAGGGAGUGAUGAAUUUUCGGGAUUUCUUCUGGGCGCAGUUAAGAAUGUUUACAAUGCAUUAGAUAAGCUUAAAUUGAGUCAUGUAGUUCAGGUUACCACAGCACAUUCGCAAGCUGUUUUUGCUGAUUCCUUCCCUCCUUCAUCAUGUGUAUUCAAAGAUAAUGUUGUUCAGUACAUGAAGCCACUCUUGGAGUUUUUUUCGCAAAUCGGCUCACCAUUCUGUUUAAAUGCGUACCCGUUUCUAGCCUACAUGUAUAAUAAAGACCAAAUUGAUAUCAAUUAUGCUCUCUUCCUACCAACGGAAGGAGCAGAUGAUCCGAAAACUGAGUUGCAUUACGAUAACCUGCUUGAUGCUCAGAUUGAUGCAGCCUAUGCUGCCUUAGAAAAAGCCGGAUUUGGAAAGAUGGAAGUCAUCAUCACAGAGACUGGAUGGGCUUCACAUGGAGAUGAGACUGAAGCUGCGGCAAUAGCAAGUAAUGCAAGAACAUACAAUUACAAUUUGCGGAAGAGGCUUGCAAAGAUGAAAGGAACUCCAUUCAGGCCAAAAAAUGUGGUUAAGGCAUAUGUUUUUGCAAUCUUUAAUGAAAAUUUGAAGCCUGGGGCAACUUCUGAGAAGAAUUUCGGACUGUUUAAACCGGAUGGGAGCAUCUCGUAUGACAUUGGGUUUCAUGGAUAUAAAUCUUCAUCUGCAGAUUCAUCGCUGCCGUCUCUGAAGGAAAUUCGAGCUGCUGGUCGGUUCAUCUCCUACUCCAUAUUAUUAACAAUGGCUACUGCAUUAGUGCUUCUAUUCUGAAGAUGGUAAUUGAACAUUGAAUCUCUGUUGGGUCGCGUUCUGUUCUGCACUUGCAUUUACAUUUGAUGCUAAACCCGAACCCGGAGAUUCUAUAGUUUUUAUAUAAGAACUUCAGAGAAGAAUCCAAUACACCUGAUUUUUGUACCUUUAGAAAACACAUGAUGGGAAGUUGCUGAUUACUUCACAAAUAUCAGAAAAAAUGCAUAUAUCUUGUACCUC